CCUGUAUAAAAGACAAUUCGUUUGAAAAAGAACAAAUUCUCCGUCAAAAUGCCUAUCUACACGAGCACUGUACACUUUGUGCCCAGAAGUCAGAAAUUCUGAACCUCGGCCAAGAAGAUGGAGUUUGCCAAGAGGAAAGCUGCGACUUUAGCUGCAAUGAACUCGCCGGAGCCGGACAAAUCUCCGAAAGGCAGCAUAGACGCACCCAUCGUUCCCCUACUCACAACCAUAAACUCUCAUCCUUCUUAUUUCACCACCAGCUCUUGCUCCGGCCGCAUCUCCAUCUUCGCCCACCCCACCCCACCUUCUUCAACCAACCCUAAAAAGGCCAAAGGUGGGAAAUGGGUCUUCAUCUCACACGACCCAGUUGAUCCUAACUCAGUUUUACCACUUCUGUUUGCAAGCGAGUCGACUCAGGUCGAUCCACACCACAGCCUAGUAUUCAGGUUCGAGCCUCUAAUUAUUGCCAUUGAGUGUAAAGACGUGGAAGCGGCUCAGUGGUUGGUCUCAUUGGCCAUAUCGUGUGGGUUUAGGGAGAGUGGGAUCACUAGUGCCACUAAAAAGAGAGUGAUAAUAGCUAUCAGGUGCUCCAUUCGAUUGGAAGCUCCUUUGGGGUAUAGCCAGAAAUUAAUGGUUUCGACGGAAUACUUGAAGUAUAUUGUUGAGCUUGCCAAUGAGAAGAUGAGUGCUAAUAGAAAGAGAACUGAUGGGUUUCUUGAUGCUCUGUUAAAGAAAGGAUCUUUUGGGCAUCAUAUUAGCAAUGGAGAGAUUUUGGGCAAAUAUGAAGUGGAUAGUGAUGAAUCUUCACCUUGUCUGGAUGGGCCCGAGUCAGAAUUCUUGGAAAGUUCUUCCACACAUUUGAAUGAUACAAAAUGUGGAUACAUUCCCUUAAAAUAUGACAGCCAAUCUGAAUCUUUAAAUCAUUGACAGGAUCGUUGGUUUCUGGUUUGAACCUAUCGAGCACUCAAAUGCUAAUCACUGGCGAGUCAAUUGAAAGGAUUUUCCUGUGGGGUCACUCUGCUUCUGCAAUUGAUGAUGCAUUUGACAAGAAGGUUCUCAUUUUUGGUGGGUUUGGAGGUCCAGGCAGACAUGCACGAAGAAACGAUUUGCUGAUUCUUGACCUAGAAUUCAGUAGAUUAGAAGUUGUUGAUGUUCAGGGAAUGCCAUUAUCACGUGUGGGUCAUACGUCUUUAAUAGUAGGAAAGCAUAUGUAUGUGAUUGGUGGAAGAGCUGACCCACUAAAUAUUCUGAAUGAUGUGUGGGCUUUUAGUUUGAACAAGAAAGAAUGGAAGCUCUUGCAGUGUUCUGGCUGUUUAUUUCCACCAAGACAUCGACAUGCAGCAGCAGCGGUGGGUUCAAAAAUAUAUAUAUUCGGAGGAAUUCAGGCUGAUGUUAUAUUGUCAUCAUUACAUGUACUUGACACAGAAGCCAUGACAUGGACUGAACAUCAAGCCGAAGGAGAGCAUCCAUGUUCCCGUCACUCCCACUCCAUGGUUCCAUACGGAACCCAACUAUAUAUAUUUGGGGGAUAUGAUGGGGAGAAACCCCUAGGUGACCUUUUUAGUUUUGAUACAGAAACGCUUCUCUGGAAGAAGGAAACUAUCCGUGGUAAACUGCCAAGUCCCAGGUUUUCCCACUCUAUGUUUGUUUAUAAGAAUUUUAUUGGCAUUAUCGGAGGAUGUCCCGUUACUCAAAGUCAAUAUGAACUGUCCUUGCUUGAUAUGCGUUCACACCAAUGGAAGCAUAUUGUGGUCAAUUCCUUAGAAAAUGAUCUCUUAGUUAGAAGCACUGCUAACAUUAUAGGUGAUGACUUAAUCAUGAUUGGUGGUGGGGCUGCAUGUUACGCAUUUGGUACCAAGUUCAGUGAUCCGGUGAAAAUAAACCUUUUCCCACUGUUGUCACUGAAAAGUGGAGAGCUUGGAGAAUCUGGUGAAGAAAGUGGAAAAUGUAUUGAUGGUUCCUUUUGGGCUAUAAGGAUUGAAAGAAAAUAUGCAAAGUUGGUGAAAGACGUUUUGAAAAAAAUUGGAUGGUUAGAUCUUCGAAGAAAGGUUUACUCGCUUGAUGAUGGAAUACAUAUAUGUUUGCCUGUGACAGAAUUUUUUUCCUCAAUAUUUCCUGAUAAGAGAACAGACUCUUCUGCUUAUUUCGAUUCUUCAAAACCGAUCUUUGAAAGUGAAAAUCCUUUAAAAGAUAUUUCCAGUUCAACGGAAUUCAAAGCAUUGAAAGUUCUUACAGAAUGUCAUGCAACGAAAAUUGAAGAUAAAGUUGUAAAAGUGAAAAAGGCAUCAAACACUUCUUUAGAAGUAAUGAAGGAAUCUGUAGUCUCUUUAAUCAGUCAAAGGGGAUUGCCGUUACAACUCUUAGAUCAGCUACCAUCAAGAUGGGAGCGUUUGGGUGAUAUUGUAGUGCUUCCUAGGACGUGCUUCAAGGAUCCUCAGUGGGACUCUAUUGGGACGGAGCUUUGGAGUGCGGUUGCGAAGUCACUUGGAGCUCGCCGGCUUGCUCGACAAGGCAGAAUAUCUCCAAGUGGCACAAGAGAUAGUAAUUUGGAGAUGCUAAUUGGAGAUAAUGGGUGGGUACAUCACCGUGAAAAUGGAAUUUUAUAUUCAUUUGAUGCUACAAAGUGCAUGUUCUCCUGGGGCAAUCUCUGUGAGAAGCUAAGAAUGGCCCACCUUGACUGUACAGAUGAAGUUAUAGUGGAUUUAUUUGCUGGGAUUGGAUAUUUUGUGCUUCCCUUCCUUGUGAGGGCUAAUGCCAAGCUGGUAUACGCUUGUGAGUGGAACCCCAUGGCUAUUGAGGCACUCCGCAACAACCUUGAGGAAAAUCUCGUGGCUGAUCGUUGUGUAGUGCUUGAAGGAGACAAUCGAAUUGUAGCACCAAAAGGUGUUGCACAUCGUGUUUGCCUUGGGCUCUUGCCGUCAAGUGAGGGGAGUUGGGUCACUGCUGUGAGAACAUUAAGGGAAGAGGGUGGGGUGAUGCACAUUCACGGGAAUGUGAAGGACUCGGAAGAAGUCUCAUGGACCCAACAUGUUUUACAGUCUAUUGAAGAUAUCGCCAGAUCCGAAGGUCGUGUUUGGGACAUUUCAGUAGAACACACGGAGAGAGUGAAGUGGUAUGCCCCUCGCAUUCGCCAUCUUGUUGCAGAUGUAAGAUGCAGGAGGCGUGGUGAAUAGGGAUGAGUGAUACAUGUAAGAUACUAAGAUAUCCAUGCUUCUGCAAGAAAGCUAUUUCUGGAGGUCAGGUGGAUUGCAUGUGAAGAAUAUGCCGAAGUGAGUGCUGUUUUUAAGUUUUAGAAAGCGAAAAAUAAAAACGGUUUCUUUAAUUUUUAAUUUUGAACUUGAGAUUUCUUUGAGUUAAAUGAUUUUUAAAGCAUGAUGCCUUUAACUACCAAGGUUCCUACAAUAUAGGUGGACCUGGACCACCUGGUCGAGCUCCGGUUUCGGUCUAGCCGGUUCAGGGUCCAAAGAAUGAGUGACCUGUAACCAGGACCAGAUAGUCUGGAUAUGGAUCCGUUUCUGGUCCCAAACUGGUUUAUAUCGUAUUUAAAUAAAACCUGAACUAGUUUGCCCCGGGCUAUUAUGGAUUCACUGUAAUCAGUUCUAACCCACUUCAGCCCAGAAUAAUAAAAAGGGAAAUUUACUAUUCACCCCCUAAGCUUAUGUCAUAAUUAUUAACGCAACCUUGCAUUUUCAAAAAUCAACUAGUUACCCCCUGAGUUUGGACCAUUCUCGUUUUUUGCCCCUUCGCGUUAAUAUUUGUUAAAUUUAAAUUUAAUAUAAUUCUUAAAUUCAAUGAAAAAUGUCUAUAAUAUUAAUUGUUAAUGUAAAACAAAUUAUUAUAAUAACUAUAAGUCAUUGUUGUUGACCAUUGUUUUUCUACUUAGCUACUCCAUCGUGGAAUUAAUAUUAUUGAGAGGAAUUAAGAGAAAAUAAUCACAAAGCAAGUAAGAUAUAAAAAUAUCAUGAAUUUUUAAUAUUUUUAUUUUAAAAAAUUAAAUAUCAUCCAAUAUUAUAAAACGAAUAAACUUUUUACACUCAAAAAAUAUUUUGUAAAGAUAAUUUUUUUUAAAUUAGUAACAGAGUUAUUAACAAUUUUUUAAAAUAAAUUAAAAUAUGUGAUAUUUUAGGUUUAAGAUCACACAUUAUAUAAAAAAUUCUUUUUAUGUAUCCCAUGAAUAUGACUUAUGAGUCUUCCCCUUGACUACUCUCUUAAUAGUUACUCCAUGAUCGAGUAGUUAAGUAGAAAAACAAAUGAUCAUCAACAAUGACUUAUAACUGUGAUAAUAAAUUAUAUUAUAUUUUAAAAAUUAAUUUUCUAUACAACUUUCAUUGAAUUUAAGAGGUAUAUUAAACUUAAUUUAACAAAUAUUAACGUGAGGGGGUAUAUAGUGAGAAUGUUCAAAAUUUAGGGGGUAACUAAUUGAUUUUUGAAAAUGCAAUGUUGCAUUAAUAAUUAUGAUAUUAAAAUUCAGGGGCUAAUAAUAUUUUUCCAUAAUAAAAAUGGGCAACCAGUCCUGUAGUUUAGCUGCCAGAUCUUAAUUUCAUCCGGUUCCAAGACGGGCACUCGGCCCACCACUGUCCUAUUUCAGCCCGGAAUAAUAAAAAUGGACAGCCAGUCCAGUAUUUUAUCUGCAAGGUCCUGGUUUGAUCCGGUUCCGAAACUGGCACUGGGCCCACUGCUGUCAUACAGUAUUGAUGACCCAAAUCAUAAGCAUCGGUGGCUAGAGUGCAACGCAAGAGAAGAGUUACUACAUGGCCGGAUCUGAUUGUUGUGGCUUUGGUUGUGGUUGCAUUUGACCAUUUGUUACUGCAAUGUACUCUAAGGUGGCUGCCACUCAAGAGGAGCCACGGUGGUUGUUGCCGUCAUUGUCCCCUGGCCUCAUUUAACUUCCCCUUCUUACCUUCUUUAUUUUACUGCAUGCCAUGUUGUUGGACUUGGGGAUGCCAAACUCCAGAUGUUACUCCAAAAUCCAAAUUCAACCGUGGGUAGAUUGUCAAUGUGGGGCAGCAACGUGCUCUAGUCGCUGUAACGUACAGUGAAAAUAAACUUGCUUAACUAAUACUAUGUACUAUAUUACGGAGUACUAUGGUAUUUUGCUAGAAUGAUUUUUUACUCCCCAG